AUGCCCCACUCCCUAAGUAAACUUGGGAUCUAGCUGUUCUUGCAACCCUUAGUGCUGCAGAAAUGAAGUACCCACUUUAACUUAAAGAGCAAUGCUAAUCAGAUCUUGAGCAAAUAAUAAAUGGCCUCUUUAAGGAGUGAGGGAAGGAAGACGAGUUUGUUGCAGCACUGGCCUUUGGAGUCUCACAUCUCCCCCAGCAUGCUGGAGGAGAAGACCAAGAUUCAUCAGCCCACCUGCAGGAUUCUGCCACUCUCAUGGAUUGUCCUGAAGCCGGGAAAGGACAGCUGCUCAGCAGUGUGCCUGGCCCCUUAUCACAGUUUGCGGGAAGUGCUGCAGUUGAAGCUCCAGCAGCGCCGGACGCGGGAAGAACUGGUGAGCCAAGGGAUCAUGCCGCCUUUGAAAAGUCCAGCUGCAUUUCAUGAGCAGAGAAGGAGCUUGGAGCGGGCCAGGACAGAGGACUAUCUGAAACGGAAGAUUCGUUCCCGGCCAGAGAGAUCGGAACUGGUCAGGAUGCACAUUUUGGAAGAGACCUCGGCUGAGCCUUCCCUCCAGGCCAAGCAGCUGAAGCUGAAGAGAGCCAGACUGGCUGAUGACCUCAACGAGAAGAUCGCACAGAGGCCUGGCCCCAUGGAGCUGGUGGAGAAGAACAUCUUGCCUGUGGAGUCCAGCUUGAAAGAAGCCAUCAUUGUGGGCCAGGUGAACUACCCGAAAGUAGCAGACAGCUCUUCGUUCGAUGAGGACAGCAGCGAUGCCUUAUCCCCUGAGCAGCCUGCCAGCCAUGAGUCCCAGGGCUCCAUGCCGUCACCCCUGGAAGCCCGAGUCAGCGAGCCACUGCCCAGUGCCACCUCCGUAUCCCCCACUCAGGUUGCGUCUCAACUCCCGGUGGGCCCGGAUUCUGGAGAAACGCUUCUCCCAGCAGAGCAGCCUCCUCUGCCUCCCUGCCUCACCAACGGGACUGCGGUCCCCACCGCCAAGCCCACCCCCACGCUCAUUAAGCAAAGCCAACCCAAGGCUGCUAGUGAGAAGUCACAGCGCAGCAAGAAAGCCAAGGAGCUGAAGCCAAAGGUGAAGAAGCUCAAGUAUCACCAGUACAUCCCCCCGGACCAAAAGCAGGACAAGGGGGCGCCCCCCAUGGACUCCUCCUACGCCAAGAUUCUGCAGCAGCAGCAGCUCUUCCUGCAGCUCCAGAUCCUCAACCAGCAGCAGCAGCAGCACUAUAACUACCAGACCAUCCUGCCUGCCCCGCCAAAGCCGGCAGGUGAGGCUCUGGGAAGCAGUGGGGCCCCCCCAGUGCGCAGCCUCUCCACUACCAACAGCAGCUCCAGCUCGGGCGCCCCAGGGCCCAGUGGACUGGCACGUCAGAACAGCACCUCACUGGCUGGCAAGCCGGGUGUCCUGCCUGCCAACCUGGACGACAUGAAGGUAGCAGAGCUGAAGCAGGAGCUGAAGUUGCGCUCGCUGCCCGUCUCGGGCACCAAGACAGACCUGAUUGAGCGCCUGCGGGCCUACCAAGAACAAGCCAGCCCUGCCCCGGGAGCCCCUAAAGCCCCUGCUGCUCCCUCCAUCCUGCCCAAGGCUGGAGAGGUGGUGGUAGCCUUCCCAGCCACCCGGCUAAGCACGGGGCCUGCCCUGGUGGCAGCAGGCCUGGCCCCAGCCGAGGUGGUGGUGGCCACGGUGACCAGCAACGGAGUGGUGAAGUUCGGCAGCACGGGCUCCACACCCCCCGUGUCUCCCACCCCCUCAGAGCGUUCACUGCUCAGCACGGGCGACGAGAACUCCACGCCCGGGGACACCUUUGGUGAGAUGGUGACAUCACCACUGACCCAGCUCACCCUGCAGGCCUCGCCACUGCAGAUCCUUGUAAAGGAGGAGGCCCCCCGGGCUGGGUCCUGCUGCCUAAGCCCGGGGGUGCGGGCAGAGCUGGAGGGCCGUGACAAGGACCAGAUGCUGCAGGAAAAGGACAAGCAGAUCGAGGAGCUGACCCGCAUGCUCCGGCAGAAGCAGCAGCUGGUGGAGUGGCUCAAGCUGCAGCUGGAGCAGGAGAAGCGGGCCCAGCAGCCGGCCCCGGCCCCGGCCACUCUGGGCCCCCCCGUGAAGCAGGAGAACAGCUUCUCCAGCUGCCAGCUGAGCCGGCAGCCCUCGGGCCCUGCUCACCCCUUCAGCCCCAGCCUGGCAGCCCCCACUGCCCCCCAUGCAGACACUUGUGACGUAGUGCCCCCGGCCGUGGUGGUGAAGCAGGAAGCUGUGCUCCCUGAGCCUGAGCCGGCCCCCACCCCCCAGCUGCUUCUGGGCCCACAGGGCCCCAGCCUCAUCAAGGGGGUCACACCUCCCACCCUCAUCACUGACUCCACAGGGACCCACCUUGUCCUCACCGUGACCAAUAAGAAUGCAGACAGCCCUGGCCUGGCCAGUGGGAGUCCCCAGCAGCCCUUGUCCCAGCCUGGUUCUCCAGCCCCUGGCCCGCCAGCCCAGAUGGACCUGGAACACCCGCCACAGCCCCUCUUUGGGACCCCCACUUCUCUGCUGAAGAAGGAGCCGCCUGGCUAUGAGGAAGCCGUGAGCCAGCAGCCCAGACAGCAGGUGAAGAAGGAGAAUGGUUCCUCUAGCCAGCAGAUGGAUGACUUGUUUGACAUUCUUAUUCAGAGUGGAGAGAUUUCAGCAGAUUUUAAGGAGCCACCAUCCCUGCCAGGGAAAGAGAAGUCCCCCUCGACAGCAGCCUGCGGGUCACCCCUAGCCACACAGUCUCCACCCUCUGUCGAGCUCCCCCAGGCUGCCCCACCUCCAUCAGCCUCACCUGCCCUCCCUGGGCGCCUGGAGGACUUCCUGGAAAGCAGCACGGGGCUGCCCCUGCUGACCAGUGGGCAUGAGGGGCCAGAGUCCCUCUCUCUCAUUGAUGACCUCCACAGCCAGAUGCUGAGCAGCUCUGCCAUCCUGGACCACCCCCCAUCACCCAUGGACACCUCGGAAUUGCACUUUGCCCCUGAGCCCAGCAGCGUGGGCCUGGACCUGGCUGACGGCCACCUGGACAGCAUGGACUGGUUGGAGCUGUCGUCAGGUGGUCCUGUGCUCAGCCUGGCUCCGCUCAGCACCACAGCCCCCAGCCUCUUCUCCACGGACUUCCUUGAUGGCCACGACCUGCAGCUACACUGGGAUUCCUGCUUGUAGCUCUCAGGCUGCAGAGCCGGGG